UUUGCUUGCACGCCGGGCGGUGUCAGCUUCCCUCGGCCUUUCGCCAUCCUCUUUCCCCAGCGGUUGUUGGGCAACGUCCGCUGCGGCCGGGGGAUAACAUGUCGUAUAUAGAGGUCUACGAGCUGGUCGCGACUGCUGCAAUCUCUGCAGCUGACCUUUUUCUGGAGCACGAACAAGAAGAGGUCUAAAUAGGCUGUCAAAGUGUACCAACUUGUUGGAUUACAUCCUCAGACUUCAUGAGAGCCAACAGGUCUAAAUAGGCUGUCAAAGUGUACCAACUUGUUGGAUUACAUCCUCAUCCUUCUAAUCUCCAGCUCUCCUUUGACCUAACUCCUUGGCACUCUUCGCGACUUUGAUACAAAGCAUGGAGAUUCCUGCUUUUCAGUGGACAGCGAGGCUAAAGUACAUUUGUGGUCAUUGUCCUGUUGGAACACCCAACUGCGCCCAAGACUCAACCUCCGGGCUGAUGAUUUUAGGUUGUCCCGAAGAAUUUCGAGUUAGCGGUAGUGGAUCUUGAUGCUCCGGCCAAUGAGGAGGAAGAGCAGUCCGGCCAGCAGAGAGAAGAAGAUGCCAACGGGAGCAAACAUGAAGGAGAGACCGUAGUUGAGGGUCAAGUGGAAGUUGGGACACACAAAGGUGCGAUGGUAGUCCACGUAGAUGUCCACCACGUCCAGCAGCUCUAUCCACAGCACGUACAUCACCACCACGCACAGCAGGAAGAAACCUGGGGGGGGACGUGAAUGAUGGUCAUUGCAUCAUCUGAACAAGAAGAUCCUGUGACCCCGUCUUACCCGAUGCCAGGAAGAAGCCUCCACCCGUUUUGUACAAGCAGUGGUUGGCGAAGGGAGCGGCGCAGAUGACGAUGAAGCCGCCAAGGAUCACUGCUGCCACGCCGACGAGCAUGAAGAUGCUCCAAAAACCCCUGUAGACUGAGAAGCAUCCACCAUUGAUCCAUGGAAUCAUCGUUACCAUCACCAGGGUGAGCAGCAGCCCGUCCCGGAUGAUGAAAGGCGGACUACACCCUGCACUGGUCACCUGUCAAUCAACCACAGGCCGAAUGCGAACGGGCCAUAGAUUCCACUCAGGACUUGUUUGGCGUGAGCAUGAUCAUCCCGCUGCUGAGUCAUCACGUCAAAGCUCUGGGCGCUAGUCCUACUGUUGCUGGUAUUGUAGGGUCCACAUAUGGCGUCCUGCAGCUCUUCUCAAGCACAAUCGUGGGCGGCUGGAGCGACGUUGUGGGUCGCCGUCGGUCUCUGUUGACCUGCCUGCUGAUCAGCGCUCUGGGCUACGGCCUGCUGGGAAUGUCCACCAGCAUCGCUUUGUUCGUGCUCUCACGGAUUCCUGUCGGGCUGUUCAAGCACUCCCUGUCCAUCUGCAGAGCGCUGCUGUCCGACCUGGCGUCUGAGUCAGAGCGCCCUCUAGUGAUGGGACAUUUCAACGCCGCCUCCAGCGUGGGCUUCAUUCUGGGCCCCAUGGUGGGCGGCUACCUCACGGAGCACGAGGGCGGCUUCUACACCUCGGCCACGGCCUGCGCCGCCAUCUUCCUGCUCAACGCAGGUGUGGUGUGGAUGCUUCCAUGGAGGGACAUCCUGCUUCACUGCAACAAGUCUGUGAGCAACGGUUCUUCUGCACAUAGCCACGCCCCCGCGCACUCUGACCCCGCCCUCCUAAUGCAAAAGAAAGAGGCGGGGGACGGGCGGCGGGUGUCCUUGCUGCAGCCCGCCUGGCGACAGCUGUCCUCCGUGGGCUCCCGCAUCCGCCUGGUGGCCUCCUCCGACAUGUGGGACCUCUUCUUGGUGCGCCUGCUGAUGGCGGUGGCCAUCAUGCUCUACUACAGCAACUUCUCCCUCGCCAUGGAGGAGCGCUUCUCUCUCAAGCCCAAGACCACGGGCUACCUCAUCAGCUACAGCAGCACGCUGGGGGCGCUGGCGGGCUUCCUGGUGGGGCCCCUCACCCAGCUGUACGCCCGCAACAUGGCCGCCCUGCUGCUCCACUCCACGCUGCUCACCUGCGCGCUCAUCUUCCUGUACGCCGCCGCCCCCGGCGUGUGGCAGGUGCUGCUCACCUCCACCUUCUUCGCCAUCUCCACCACCGUCGGCCGCACCGCCAUCACGGACCUGGAGUUGCAGAGGGGAGGGGCGCGGGCCAGCGGGACCCUGAUCGGAGCGGGACAGUCGGUGACGGCCGUGGGUCGCGUGCUGGCUCCUCUUCUCUCGGGCGUCACUCAGGAGUUCAGCCCCUGCGGGCCCCCCAGCUUGGGAGUGCUGUUGGCGCUGGCGGCUGUAGGCGUCCUCCUACUUAGGAUCCCCAAAUGGACCAAAGUCCAUUAAAAUGGACAAACACUAAGUGAACUAAGACUGCUCUGAACUCCGCCUGCUGUUGAGAUGAACACUUUUUUUUAAAAAGGUUUGAAAUGUCUUGUAAGCAUCACUCAAUUGUUGAACACAUUUAAUAAAUAUGAUUUUCUAUAC